UAAACAUAUGAUCAUGUUGUGAGUAAUUUCUAACUAAAAUAGAUUGAUUUCCACAAUUAUUGUAAAAAUUCGCGCCGUUUAGGCGCAUGUUAUCUUCAAUAAUGGAUUAAUUCACAUAUGUCGCUGUGUGUCAUAAACUAUCUGCGUCAUCUACAGAUAUUUGUAGAUGAGAUUUCUAUAAGUGUUUUUGGUAAAAUUUUGUUUGUUCUCUUCGGUGAGAUUCAUAUCAUCGAGGUAAGAAUAGUAGAAAAUAAUUGUAUAUAACAAAAAUAAGAAGGAUUUGGACACUAUGGAUUUUACUUUAUAGUACAAAAAGAAACGUAUGAAAUCACUCUCUCUAUCUAUCCAGAUUUCCUUGGGACUUGCUAAUCCCAAAUUACAAAAAUGAGUCUUAUCGAAGGGGUUGGAGAUGAAGUUACAAAUUUUUUUAUUAUUGUGGUCGCCCUCUUAGUAGGGUGGCUUGCCUGGUGUUCUACAAGUAUUGCAGAUCAACCAUUAAUACGCACAGUACUUAUAUUGCAACAUCGAACACGCACACGUAUUGCUGAACUUCGAGCUAAUCAAACUACUAGCUCUUUCAGUCGACCACCAAAUUUGGAGAUGUCGGAAGAAGAAUCUGUACAACCAGUUACAGAUGACAAUAAUGAUACUUCACAAAAUUGUCCAGAAUCACCUGUCACAGACACAAAUGGAAGAACUUCUCCAGAAACACACAGAACACCUGAAACGGCAGCUACGGAAGAAGUACUUAUCGAAGCAAUGGAUUCAUUUAAUAAUGAUAAUGCAACUUUAUUGCAAAGACAAACCAAAAUAAAUACUUCCAAGAAAACAAGUAUAUCAGAGUCAUGUACUGAGUCCAUAGAAGCUAUACCACAUGAAGCUGAAAAUCUUUCAGAAAGCACUGCUAAUGAAAUUAAUAUUAAACUUAAGUUCAUAAAUGAUGAUCAAAAAGUUGUUACUGGUAGCCUUAAAGAGCUGCUUGGAGACUUUAAAAGGAGGCAUUUUCAAAUAGAACUUGACGCCCAAAAAUUGGUGAGAUUAGUAUUUAAUGGCCGAGUGUUACAGCCUGAUAGUCAAACAUUGGAAAAAUGUGGCUUGUAUAACAAUUGUGUAGUUCAUUGCUUAGUACAUCAACCACGACCAAAUCCUGUACCAUCGCAAACAUCGACAUUAGACAAUUCAUCGUCAAUCUAUUUUAAUCCUCAAUCAUUCUCUGAUAUACCUACUGGCACAGGAAUUAGUUCAGUGCAUAACGAGUGGGAUUUGAAUAGACUUAUGUUGAGUUUUAUGACACUUACGUUAGGUCUUGCUUGGUAUUCACGAUACCACUACGCGCAACUGUUUUCCGCAACUACUACAAUUGCAUUAUAUGCACUCACUGCAAUCUUUGCAAUUUCAUUAGUUACUAACUUCUUUCCUCAUGAAGAUAAUAUCAGAAAUAUUGAAUGAAUUUACAGCAAUAAAGUACUUUAUGAAGUUACACUUUAAAAUAUUAAUAUAUAACUCAUUUUGAAAUCAUUAGAACACAUUUCAUGUUUGUGAGGCAAACAGCAUGAAGAAUAUAAUUUU